GCGGAGACAUGCGACGCAGCUGUGCACAGUGCGAGGAGUGCAGCGAACGGCGCGGUGACCUUCAUUGUUGAGAAGGGCAGGGGAGCUCGAGCUCAAUCACAGGCUGAUCUCCCUCCCAUAAAUAGUGCGAUCCUCCAUCAGUCGCCCAUUUUGGAUGAGAUGCCAGGCUCGUUUGCAUCUGAUUUCGGCACGCAUAUGACUGAACAUCCCAUGACCCAGUGUGCCUGCUCUUGAGCGCUGAAGGCAACGCUGACUGCGCCGACCGCUAUCUCCAGGGGCGAGAUGAUGGCUUACGACGCGAGAUAGAGCAGCACACGACCGAAAAAGCUUCCGUGAGAUCCUAAUGAUGUGAUGGGUGGCCGACAUUCCCAUCAUAUGUGUGGCGAGAUAAGGUAUGUAAUGUCCAUGGAGCGAGUGGAUCCCAACCGCAGACGUACAAAAUGUUCUUGCCCAGAGCCCAGACGCUUCAAACAGCUUCGAAGCGCAGGACACAUGGACGACACGCGAGCCUGUUCCCCACGCUACGCCAUUCGUACGUUUACGUCAUAUCGUAUGGAGGCCGGGAAUUAUAUGCUGAUAAGCGGAGGACAUAUCACUGAUACGCGAAAGUUUGCCGACAUGGCAUCAAUG